UGACGCCCCUCACCACAAACUACACAACAUGAGUGACAUCCUGACGCAACCCGCCGUGAUCCUUGCAGGAGUGGCCGUAGCUGCCGGUGUCGGCGCGUACUUUGCCAUGGCACCAGGCAGCAGCAGUGCGUCCAAGAAGGAAGACGCCAAGGUCGUGAAGAAGAAGGCCCCGGAGCUCCCCAAGAAGCUCAAGAAGAAGAAGGAAAAGGAGGAAGCCGCCGCCAUCAACCCCAAGCCUGUGUCGCCCGUCGUGGUCGCACAAGAAGCGACGUCCACAAACAGUGAACCGUUGGACUUGAACGAAUUCGUCGGUGAUUUCCCAGACACCGACGACGAGGACGCCGCGCGCGCCGAAGCGAACCGGAAGCGCAAUGCCAAGAAGAAGGCCUCAAAGAAGAAGAAGUCGGCGUCCAACUUGUUGGAGGACAGCGAAGAGGACAAAAAGGCGUCCAAGGGCAAAAAGUCUGUUGCGACCACCGACCUGUCGUCCAAGUUGGACGGCAGCAGCAGCAGCACGAAGAAGGACAAGAAGAAGGCGGCCGCAAAUGCCGCGGCCGUUGCGGCCAACAUCGCCGCCGGCCAUGAAGCCGCUCCGUCCGUGGUGGACACCUCGGCCCACGACGAUGGCUGGGAGACUGUCCAGUACAAGAAGCGCGGCUCCAAGGCCAACGUGACGUCGACCUAAAUGCGUUCGGAUGUUGUUUCGAUGUAUCCAGGAUGAGGAUGGCUAGGUCACCUGUAAGAUGUAGAACUCUGGCAUGGCACCAUCAACCCAAGCGGUACAGCGACCAUCGAGAUAACAAGGGCGGUAAUUUAGAUGAUAGUAGACACACACAAAAUAUCGUCUGCUUCGAUUUA